GUUAGCGGAGCGAGCUCCGGUGAAGGCUAAUCCACCGGAGCUGGAUGAGAGCGGCCAAAACGGCGAGUGUCAUCCCUCCGCCUGGAACAGCUCGCUGAAAACACACCACAGACCAAGCGCGCAUCCUAUGAAGCGAAACACUCGCACCCAGAAGCCACUUCAACAUGCUUAACAGGCCCCCCGCUUCACCUCUACCAAGCCGCAAGUUGGCGACGACCCGCGACGACAGAGCCAGCAAGUACGCACAAAGCCACCACACUGCGCCCCUAACAACUGCAGCGAGUCCCUAUCACGAAAGAUGCAUGCGUGUGUGCGUGCCCAGAGUUGAGAAUUUAUGUCACGUCCUUCUAGUCCUUCCUGAGUUUAUGGUAGGCAUCGGGGCUCAGGUCCUCCUGCAGCUGCUUCGCAGGCAGCCAGAGCUGGAAAGCGGCUUCCUGCUGCAUUGAGGGUGGUCUGGCAUUCCUGACACAGGAUGUUUCAGAGCCGCUCAGCCUCUGGAGGGCUCUGCACAGGCCUCUAAAGGGCUCUAUCUGGAGCGCUCUGAGGGCUCCUGAGGGCUCUGGCGGGCUCUGAGGGCUCUGGAGGGCUUUGGGGGGCUCUGGAGGUUGGUAACGCGCAUGCGUGGCGGGCCAGUACCCAGUUGGCCCAAUAUCCAGUUCCAGAGGCCGUGCGUGGCAACAUACACCAUGCUGAAUGUCAGUCGAGGUGGGUAUUAAGGAUUUAAUGGAUUCCAGACGUUGCAUGUUUGGCAGGCCGGCAGCGCCGCACCAAUGAAAGCCCCACGGUCGUACACCUAACAUGGAGCACACCCAGCCCAAUAUAGCGCAAGCCCACCGUCCGCAGACCGCAAGCACUUACUGGCAUCACCACUAGCCUAUUACCACGCAGCGCUUUAGCGUCUCCAAUAGCCGCGAGAGGCAGGCAUGACGCCACGUGCCUGUGGCAAGCUGGGUCAGUGGCUAGGCUACUCAUAUAGGUUGUAUGGCUGAGCGCGGCUCAGUCUGAGUCCAGCACGCAAGCGGCCUGCGCGUCGAAGGAGAAUAUGGGCUGCGCCAGCACACAAGUGAGCACCGGCAAGUUUUCAAUCCAGCACUACCGGCAAGGCGUGAGGAGUGGCACGGUGCACCAUGCAGUGGAUGCAGGCUGCCUGCACGGCGUCACGGUUAUGGGCGGAGCCCAGGAUAGUGGGGUUGGCGGGCGACUCUGGCCGCGCCGUAGAGCCUUGUCCGUGUUGAUAGAUGUCUUGUAAAUCCUGUCCAGG